ACACGUAUCCCGGAAGCACACACUUUUCCCCAAAAUCGUAGUUGUUGUCCAACUCUUUCAUUGUUUUGUUUUGUUUUGCUUAGUCUUUUUUUGUUUGUUUUAACACUAUGCUUCCUGCCGCUGCAGUAUUUCAUUUUCCAUGGGAAAUAAUCUCUGGAUCCAUCCAGGAAGGAGAAUCAGUGAGAACAUUUGGCCGACUUGUCAGCUAUCAGUCUGAGGAGUCCAGAGCUACACUGUCAGCUCAGCAUGCAUCAAAAGAGCACAACGUGGUUGUCCACACAUUGUUUGUGGAGCCCUUUAACCCAAUAAUUGGGGCCCAGUACAUAGUUCUGGGUGAAACAGAAAAUGCUGAGGGCGUCAGCGUAAUGAUCCGUGCCCGUCUGAUGAACUGUGUUGAUGGUGUAAACAUAGCCCUUUUACAGAAAGCCAUCAAUGAGCAAAGAAGAUUCUUCAGAGAGAGGGAGUGUAAGCAGGCUAAAGAUGCACAGCCUGCAGAUGCAACCUGAUUAGAGUGUUCACUCAUCAUAUUUCUCAUCAAGCUUUGUCAAGGUGCAUUGGAAGGCUGUUAAGUGAGAUCCAUGAACUGUUUAGUUCAGUGUAAAAUACACUGGAUUUCUUUUGCUGGUUUAUGUGGUCUAUGUCUGACCAUAACAUGUUUCUGCAUUUUACUCAGAAUAAAUAUUUUAUUGUAGUUAUUUUUUUUUACAGAAUUUUUGGUAAAUAAAGAACUGAGAGGUUA